CAAAAUAAAGCAAAGUUUUGAGCGCUAAAACCAGCCAUGGCCACUGUGCAUUUACUACCUCCGAAUUUGAAAAUUGAAUGAACAAACUUCCAUUUGAUUUGGUUUGAUUGAUUAUUCCUUCCUUUCUCCGAAAGUCUCCGAAUCUAACCCAUUGUCUUUAUCUUAGAGAUUGUUCACCCUUUCUUUCUCUCUUUCCUACAUUCACACACACUACACACGCUGAUGGGUUGUGUUUCUUCCACUCUGCUCAACCAAGAUGAAGAAUUCCCUCAAAUUGGUGGCUCAGCCGCUUUCAGCCACCACAUUGUCUCCCUCACCUCCACCACUUACGGUUUGUUGACUCUCGACCCGCCCACGGCUUCGCCGUUGUCAGCCCAGAAGGAUUCUCGCAACACAACCAGCACGCCGGCGCCUCUGACCCCAACACCGCAGCCACCUCCGCCGCGGACCACUCUUGGCUCUCUUUUCCCCAGCCCACUAUCAGAGCCUCGUUCCCUCAGAUGCCAGCCCCUUGAAACUAUCAACUCAUGGGACCUAAUGUCCGGACUCGAUUCCGACCAUAUUCCCAGCUUCCGCUUCUCCACUUCACCUUGUGCAACUUCGAAAUUUUCAAAUUCUCAGUUAUCAGAUCAAUCCGUUGUCUGCCAAGUUAGUGACGAAAAUGCCAAUCCAAACAUUAGUAAGUUUCUGAGGCAACCAUCUUUUUCUAAGGAUUUGGACAGUUUUCUCGAGAGGUUUGAAAUGAUCUGCCCACCAAAUGGGGAGAACAAAGUCGUAAUUUAUACUACUACCUUGAGGGGAGUAAGGAAAACUUUUGAGGAUUGCAAUGCUGUUAGAUCUGCUAUACAGGGCCUGGGGAUUUCGGUGUGCGAGAGAGACAUUUCGAUGGAUAGAGGGUUUAGGGAUGAGUUGAGGGAAUUGAUGAAGGGAAAAGAAAGCAAGCAAUUUAUACCCCCAAGGUUGUUUGUGAAAGGGAGGUACAUAGGUGGGGUGGAAGAGGUGAUGAAGAUAGUGGAGGAGGGUUAUAUCAGUGAACUGCUUAAGGGGUUGCCUAAAUUGGGAGGCGUAGUAUGUGAGGGGUGUGGAGGCGUCGGGUUCUUGCCCUGUUUCACAUGUCAUGGGAGUUGUAAAAUAGUGAUGGUGAUGAAGGAGGGAUUGGACGUGGGAAUGAAGCAGCUGAACAAAACCGUGACAGUGAGAUGUAGUGAUUGUAAUGAGAAUGGAUUGGUGCUUUGUCCAAUUUGUUCUUGAGCUAUUGCGGGAAGUGGAUGAUUUUGGAGCUGCCUCCUAUGUGUAUUAGGUUAUAUGUAUCAUAAAGAAGGUUCCAACUCUGCAGUUGAUUCUAGCUAUUUCUGUGGUGGGAUGAUGGUAAUGCAACAUCAUCUCUUGUUACUGUAAUUAUUCAAGUGGGCAGAGGUAGUUUUUGGUCUAACUUAUAAACCAUCAUGGUUAUGUCUUUCUUGUAAUAUCAAUGUCCAAGGGAUCAAUCAGAUAUAUAUUACAGGUUAAGUUUCUUGUUUAUAUGGUCAAUACCAUAAGUUUGUGGGAUGAAUGUGUUUGAAGCUUAGUUGAU